ACGAGAAUGUAAUCAACGUGGACUCGCAUAUUUUAAUACUAAACGACCUUUGGGUCUGUUUGUACACAGCGGUGCGUAGUGCACUGUGGGACAGCAAUGGUGGGCGCGUGAUUUUGAACAAAUUCGUGCUAUCGAGGGAACACCCAGGAACGUAAUCAUGUCUAUAAAUAAAGGGCAGAAUGUUAGAGCUUUGGUUGAACCAUUAGCUCUUGAUUCACGUACACUUGGAGAUGGAGACUUGAGUGCAUUGACUCUGUCGCAUAAUAACGAACAAUAUUCUAACGACUUUGAGGCAUUUGCAAACAUUCAAGCUGAAUUGGAAUGUAUGAAUGCUGAAGAAGUUAUGACAACAGAGGAGGAGCAUAUAAUAGUUGAACGUAGUAUUGAGAAUGAAAUGAUUGUACCUGAUGUGGAUAUGGCUGAAGUAUCAGAUCAAGUUCAAGGAGAACAUAUUAUCUAUACAACAGCUAAUCAGAAUAAUCAAAAUAUUAUAUUCCAAACAAAGCCAACAUUGCAGAGGCUUCCAGCAUCUACAGUGCAGGUAAAGUCAAAUGUUGGUCCAGCGACACAAAGCCAGUCUAUUAUGAUAGUAUCUCCUGCUGGUGGUCAAGGCACAAGCCAAAUUUUAAAAAUUUCCCAUCCAUCAACAGCAUCAGCUGGUCAAUUACAGUCGUUAGCUCAGACUCUCAUAGCAAAGUCUGCUGAAGGAAAUAUAGUUCAAUUGAGAUCAGCACAACCUAAGCCUGUAAUGGCAACUAGCCAUUCGGGAAGCAUUACAUUAGGAAAUGUUCACAAUGCAAAAACAGUUCAAUCAGCUAUAAAGCGAUCUGCGCAGGGUUCUCAACAAAAUCGAAAUGUAUAUACAAAGAUGAUAUUAGCUGGAAAUCAAGCACAAUCAGGACAGCAAGUUCUUAUAACUAGUUCACAGAAUGAAAAUCAGCAAACACAAGCAAUAAAAUUUAUAAAUAAUAGUGUAUCGAGUCAAGAUGUCACAGCUCCAACGAAAACUAUAACAUUGGCACAAGCACAGCAAAUGGGAUUACUUCCUACUAAUAAAGUUCAACACAUUCUACCCUCAUCACCGCAAAACAAAGGAAUAAUUGUUAAUAAACUAGUGCAAUCAUCAAAUACUCAACCGACUAAAAUGACUAUAGUUCCAAGCAGUACAAUUAAAUCCCCUACAAAAAUAUUACCUGCUCCAACAUUGAGUACGCAAGUCAAAUCAUCGCUUUCGAAUCAACAGUCCACGUUUUCUUCCUCUAAUAAAUCUAUUCAACAAAAUCCACAAAAAGUGAUUAUACGACAGAGCUCUUUAAAACCUGGAACUGUGCUUGGAAGUGGACAAGUUAUUAGAAUACCAGCUAAUCAAAAUAUCGUUACUGGAUCUAAUCAAGUACAUCAAAUACAAAUGCCAGGAAGACAAGUGCAAUAUGUAAGAUUAGUUAGUACUCCAUCAUCUGGAACUACGAAUGUCGUUACUGUGGGGAAAACGAAGUCACAAACAAGUUUGCAAACUGUCGGUGUCAGUCAGAAAAUAGGAAAUCAACAACAAAUUGUCAAGGUAGUUCCAUUAAAUACUAGUAAUCAAUCGUUAAGAACAGUUGCACCUAAGGCUACGUUAACGAGUGGCAAUCAAAGAUUAUUAAUUCCCGCGACUGCAAGUGUAGGUAAUCAAUCGAAAAAUGCGGUAGCAAUUCCGGCAUCGGCUUUGAGCCAAUUAGCAUCUGGGCAGGCAGUCCUUUCAACUAAUUCAAAUAUGGGAAACAUUGUAGUUUUACCAGCUCAAUAUAUUCAGCAACAGUCAACGGACGAAGUAAAAAUGAAACCUCAAGUUACGCCCAGUUUGUUAGGAAAUUCACAAAGCUUACAAAGUUCUACAGGAAGUUUAUCUGUAGGAUCUAUCGUAGAAAGUAAAAGUUCUCAAAGAUCCUACGCUAGCGUCGAGCCUAAUGGUAUUAGGCCGAGAAAAGCGUGUAACUGUACUAAAUCGCAAUGUCUUAAAUUAUAUUGUGAUUGUUUCGCUAAUGGAGAGUUUUGUCAUAUGUGUAACUGCAAUAAUUGUUCUAAUAAUCUUGGAAAUGAAGAAGAGAGGCAACGCGCUAUCAAAUCUUGUUUGGAACGUAAUCCAAAUGCAUUUCGUCCAAAAAUUGGCAAAGGCCGCGAGACUGGUGAUGAUAUACGGAGACACAAUAAGGGUUGUAAUUGUAAACGUAGCGGAUGCUUAAAGAAUUAUUGUGAAUGUUACGAGGCUAAGAUACCCUGCUCUGCUAAUUGCAAAUGCAUAGGAUGUCGAAAUGUUGAAGAACCUAACUUAGAAAAGAAGUCCCUAAAGGACCUAGCAGAGGCAGCUGAAGUUAGGACGGCACAACUUACGUUAAAUAAAGCGAAAUUACAAUUAUCGGAAAUGGCUUUUAGACCGCCUGCUGCAUCAAAUACUGGCGCGAGACAACCAUUCAAUUUCUUGACCGAUAAAGUAGUAGAAAUAACGUGUCAGUGCUUAAUGGCACAAGCUGACGAAGCGGAGCGGAACAUGUUCGACGAUGAAACAUCUCAAAGACUUAUAAUCGAAGAAUUCGGCCGUUGCUUGAAGGAAAUCAUCGAGUCAGCGCAUAAAGCUGAAGCUACCUAGCAGGUACAUUUUCAGGAAAAGUGUAAUGGUGAAAGUUUUCGGUUCUCGCGCGCGUAUGCAGCAGUUAGAAAAUUGGAAACAUUAAUUGUUGGUACUUCCUAAUCUAAUAAUUUGGACAUAAUAAUUACGAAGCAAAAUAAAGUGUUAUAUACCAAAGAUAAUGGUAAAUAUGCUACAACAUAAUACGUUCAACCGAUUGUUAUUAUUACUAAAUGAAUAUGUAAAGAAGAAAACUAUUUUGUAUGCAAAAAAUAAUUUAAUUUACUUACUCUUCAAAUUAAUUUUGUAUAAUAUCAUUAAUAUACGAUUAUGUGGAGUUGACAAAGUUUGUAACUUAAUUAUUUUCGUUUUUAUUUAAACGAGAUGAAAGUAACUUUGAUACGAAAUUAUGUACAUUGUCUUUCUAUGUAACAAUUUGUAAAAAGAAAAUUAAAAGUAACACGGUUGAAUGCAAUAUGUUAAUAAGAUUUGUAACAAAAGUUUAUAACAUUCGAUGGUACAAAAAUUGUUUAUAUAUUUGUCGCCCACAUUUGAAAAAUGAAGAUUUUAUUGAAAAUUUAGGUAAGAUGCUAAAGUAGAAGGUAUAGAUUUGCGCAUCUAUUAGGUAGUAUUGGUAUACUAAUCAUAUUUUUAUUUUAUAUCAUGUG